ACCGAGGAGUGGAGACACCUCCUCUGAAGGGAGAAGCGCCACAUUGCAGCGCUUCCUGGGGUCAUAGGCACGAGGCUCACGUCACGAGUGCAGACUUUGAACAGGUGAGAUGCUGAGCUCCAGCAAGCUGCUGACCCUGGUGCUCGUGGUCCAGCCGGGCAGAGUGCUGCUCGGCUUGAAGAAGAGAGGCUUCGGGGCCGGGAAGUGGAACGGGUUCGGAGGUAAAGUGGAGCCUGGAGAGACCAUUGAAGAGGGGGCAAGAAGAGAGCUGCUGGAGGAGAGCGGGCUCACGGUGGACGCGCUCCAGAAGGUCGGAAACAUCACGUUUGAAUUUGUCGGUGAACCGCAGCUGCUCGACGUCCAUGUUUUCAGAGCCGACGCCUUCAACGGAGAGCCGACGGAGUCAGAAGAAAUGCGGCCUCAGUGGUUCCAAUGUGACCAAAUUCCUUUCAGUCAGAUGUGGGCCGACGACAUCCUCUGGUUCCCGCUGCUGCUCCAGAUGAAGAAGUUCGUCGGAUACUUUAAGUUUCAGGGUCACGACGUGAUCCUCAGCCACAAGCUGGAGGAGGUGGAGGAGAUCUGUAACCGGCCUGAUGAAGGGCUUCCUCAAAUGCUAAAGUAAUCACCCAGUCCAGUCUUUAGAUGUUCUUUUCUAUAAUUAAUGAGUUUAACUGGUUUUCUGUGAUGGUUCACGUGAGAGAAAAAAAUCAAUCAAAGCAGCGUUGCACUGAAAGAAAUAUCCAUUCGGUCAUUUUAUUUUCAGGAUCAUUGAUUUAACACAAUUCAGAAAGGACUUGUAAAUAUUUACAGUAUCUACAGUAAUCAUUUUCUUGGAUUUCAUGUUCUGUGCACGUUAGUUAUGCGAUUCAGAAACAUUUGAACAGCGUCAGUUUCUUCAUGAAAUAAAAAAAAAAAGUGCACAUUU